AUGGUAUUACAACAUGCAACCACUCAAAGAGGUGGUCAUGUCUUUUAUAAUGACUUAACAAGACAAUAUCUCUUAAUUCAAUCAGAUGGAUCAUUAACAAUAUCAGAAUCAAUUGGUUCCCCAUAUGAUUCAGUUAUAAAUGAUUAUGGUAGAAUUAUAUCUUGUCUUAUUGGAGUAAUUAAAUUAAAAUUCCAUACAUAUGUCAUUAUAGCUGAUAAACAUGAAAUUACUGGGGAUAUUAUGGGUCAUGAAAUUGCUCAAGUAUUAUCUCAUAAAAUAUUACCAUUGGGAAGUCAUUCAACAACUAAUGAUAUUGAAGAAUUGGCAUAUUUGAAAUUAUUAGAACAACAUUUAAAUAAUGCAACGUUGUAUUUCUCAGUUGAUCAUAAAUAUGAUUUAACCAAUUCAUUACAACGUCAAUUCACAGUGGCUGAUUUAAAGAUUGAUGAUAGAUUUUGGUGGAAUAAAUAUUUAUGUGAAUCAAUCAUGAUAAAUGGAGAAUUGAAUUCAUUUAUAACUCCAUUGAUAUAUGGAUAUUUUAAAUCUCAUUCUGCUAUUUUUGGUGGGGGAUUAAAUCAAACAUUAGAUUUCGCUUUAUUAACUCGUCGUGCCACUAAAAGAGCCGGUACCAGGUAUUUUAGAAGAGGAAUUGAUGAUGAAGGUAAUGUUGCUAAUUUCAAUGAAACUGAACAAUUCUUCACUAGUAAUGAGGGGCACAUUUAUUCACUCUUACAGACUAGAGGAUCUGUGCCUGUUUAUUGGAGUGAAAUUAAUAAUUUACAAUAUAAACCUCAUUUAGCAGUAUCUACUCAAUCUUCAUUAGAUACAACUGCAGCACAUUUUAAUGAACAAGUUCAAUUAUAUGGUGAUAAUUAUUUAGUCAAUUUAGUUAAUCAAAAGGGGUAUGAAUUACCCGUUAAGCAAGCUUAUGAAACUGCUGUUGAUAAUUUGCCUGAAUCAUUAAAAUCUCAUGUAAAUUAUAUUUAUUUUGAUUUCCAUCAUGAAUGUAAAGGAAUGAGAUAUGAUCGAAUUAAUUUAUUAUUAGAUCGAUUAAUUCAAUUAGGGUAUACCAGUGAUAAUUAUUUUUGUUAUGAUUUAACACAACAUAAAAUCAUUUCCACCCAAUCAAAAAUCAUAAGAACAAAUUGUAUGGAUUGUUUAGAUAGAACCAAUGUUGUUCAAUCAACAAUUGGUCGGUGGGUAUUACAAAACCAAUUCAUUAAAACUGGAUAUAUUACAAAAGAAUUAUUACAUCAACCAUUUGAAAAACAAGAUCCGAAAUUUAAUUUAUUUUUCCAGAAUUUUUGGGCUGAUAAUGCUGAUGCGGUAUCUUGUGCUUAUUCAGGCACGGGUGCUUUAAAGACUGAUUUUACAAGAUUGGGGAAAAGAACCUAUAGGGGGAAUUUAAGUGAUUUAUCAAAUUCAAUUACUCGUUAUUUUAAAAAUAAUUUCCGGGAUGGUAGUAGACAAGAUUCUUAUGAUUUAUUUUUGGGCAAAUAUAGACCAUUUCAAGAAGGAGUUGAAUCUCCUUUUAUUGAUAGACGUCCAGCUUAUAUUCAAUUAUUACCAUAUUUAGUAGGAACAUCAUUCUUGGCAUUAUUGGCAGUUGUGGUUUAUCCAAGUGGAUCUAUAUUUGAUAUUAGAAAUUUAGUGAUUAUUACUGGAUGUUUGUUAUUUGGGGUUAGAGGAUUAUUAUAUAUGAUUAAAGAUGGUUAUCAAUUUGUUGAUUGGCCAAGAUUGGCUCAGUUGGAUUUCUUAAAGAAACAACAAGUUUAUGAUAGUACUGGUACCAAAGUUGUUGGUAUUAAAUAUAGAAUUUCGGAUAAAUUUGAAACUAUUAGUAAGAAGAAAUAUUAG